AUGGAAGCUCGAAGCAAGGCUGAUGUUCAUGGCGGCCACGAUUUGACCUUGAUUGAUAGUAAACCUACGAAGAUCAGGUUCCAGUACGACGAGGACGAUGAUGCAGAAACCAUUGAAGAAGCUGCCACAGAGAGUUCGAUUCUCGAGGAGGAUUCCGUCAUGGGCGAUCCAGAGGAUUCCUUGAUUGCUUCGGAUGAUAAGACGAGCGCUGAUUAUUACUUCGAUUCCUACUCGCAUUUCGCACAUCUAAUUCAUGUGACAUUUGUGGUGCAGGAAAUGUUAAAAGAUGUAGUCAGAACUAAGACAUACCAAAAUGUCAUUUAUAAGAACUCCUUUCUUAUAAAAGAUAAAAUAGUUCUUGAUGUGGGUGCUGGAACAGGGAUCCUCUCACUAUUCUGUGCAAAAGUUGGGGCUAAGCAUGUCUAUGCAGUGGAAUGCUCCAGCAUGGCUGAUACAGCUCAGGAAAUUAUCAGUAAAAAUGGUUUUUCAAAUGUCAUAACAGUACUUAAGGGAAAGAUUGAAGAGAUUGAACUUCCGGUUGCUCGAGUUGAUGUCAUUAUUUCCGAAUGGAUGGGAUAUUUCCUAGUUUAUGAAAACAUGUUGGACACUGUCCUCUACGCCCGUAACAAGUGGCUAGUCCAAGAUGGAGUUGUAUUGCCAGAUAUAACCUCUCUUUAUGUUACAGCCGUUGAAGAUGCUGAAUACAAGGAAGACAAGAUUGACUUCUGGAGUAAUGUAUAUGGGUUUGACAUGAGCUGUAUCGGGAAGAAAGCCAUAAUGGAACCUCUUAUUGACACUGUAGACAAAAAGCAGAUUGUUACCAACUGCCAAUUACUCAAGACAUUGGACAUCUCCAAGAUGGAAGCUGGGGAUGCUUCCUUCACUGCACCUUUUAAGCUUGUGGCGGAUCGUGAUGAUUAUAUCCAUGCCCUUGUAGCUUAUUUUAACGUUUCUUUUACCCACUGUCAUAAACCGAUGGGUUUCUCUACAGGACCCAAGUCGCGUGCGACUCACUGGAAACAAACAGUACUUUACCUUGAAGAUGUGCUUGCCAUCUGCCAAGGGGAAGCAUUGACUGGGACCAUGACCGUGUCACCUAAUAAAAAAAAUCCCCGGGAUGUAAAUAUCACUUUGAAGUAUUCUUUGAACGGGAGACAUUGCAGGGCCUCGAGAACUCAGCAUUACAGAAUGCGCUGA